UUAGGUCAUGUGAUCAGCUGUGUCCACUCGUGAGGAGAGGAGAGCCGGUAAUCGACAUUCCUCGGAGGGGACAUGUGCACUGAUCAUCAGGGCACUGAUGAUCAGUGUGCCCUGAUGAUCUGUGUAGACCCAGCAGCGCCACCUGGCAGUGUCCAUCAGUGCCAGCUCUCAGUGCUCAUCCAUGCCACCUGCCAGUGCUCAUCAGUCAACAUCAAUGGCACAUAUCAGUGCCUACCAGUGCACAUCAAUGCCACAUAUCAGUGCCCAUCUGAGCUGCCUUUCAGUGUCACCCAUCAGGUCCAGUCAGUGCCAUCUAUCAAUGCCAAUCAGUGCCCAUCAGUGCUGCCUAUCAGUGGCACCUAACAGUG